CUCCUCUCCGCAGUAAGAUGGCGGCGCCUGUGGAUCUAGAGCUGAAAAAGGCGUUCUCAGAGCUGCAGGUGAAGGUUCUGGACACGCAGCAGAAAGCCAAAAUGGCCGACCUCCAGAUCGAGCAGCUGAGUAAAGUCCAGAAACACGCUCAGCUCACGCACCUGGAGAUCAGCGCUCUGCCGGACAACACGCGCCUGUACGAGGGCGUGGGACGAAUGUUCAUCCUCCAAUCCAAAGAGGAGAUCAACAACCAGCUGAUGGACAAACAGAGGACGGCAGACGAGAAGAUCAAGGAACUGGAGCAAAAGAAGCAGUACCUGGAGCGCAGCGUGAAGGAGGCAGAGGACAACAUCCGGGAGAUGCUCAUGUCCCGAAGAGCUCAAUAAAACAAGAAAGACUUUUACUUAAAAAAACAAACAAACAAAAAAACUCACUUCCUGUAGAGGCAGCCAAUCAGAAAGACCUUUUAUUUAAACUGUUUUUGACUGAUGUUUGUGAAUUAAAAAUUUUCGUUCUCACUUUUGUCUUUUGGGAUGUAAUAAAAACUGUAACAUUAAAAGCCCUUAAUUAUCUGAA